AUGCCGACAGGAGUCCCUCUUGGAAACGGGCAGCCUCAGGAGGCGGGCCCUGCAGCCGGGAGUGACAGCCCCCCUAAUAAAAGGAGGUCAGUUCGGGGCCCUGGGGACGGGGGUGGUCCCCAGACUCCCAGAGACCUGGGCUCUUCUGCGGCGGCUCAGGAGAUAGAGGUGGCCUGCCGGGCAAGGCCAGAAGGGACCAGCAUCACCCGUGGGCACCUGUGGCCCCACCUGCGGACCAGCUGCUCCCCUGGGCAGGCGCCUCUUCCCAGCCUGUCUGCAAAGCCGGCCUCAGAGCGGUCUGUGCAGGCUGCGCCCUCAGCCCUGGCCGCAGCCAUGGCUGUGCAGGUGCCCCUGUGGCACCACUACCUGCAGGCCAUCCGCUCGCGGGGGGCGCCCCGGGCCCAGGACUUCCAGCGCGCCGAGGACGUGCUGCUCUCGGUGCUGGAACAGGUGCAUGCCCUGGACCCCUGCCUCCUCGUGGACUACUCCCGGGGCCUGGAGGCCUUCCGGUUUGCCCUGCGCCCCUCGGAGGUGCCCCAGUGGGUGGACGCAGAGGGCCUCGUGAUUGAGGAGGUGAGGGCGCCGAGGCAGGGCUGGUCUGGUUGCUGCCGCCUGGGCGUCCCCAGGGAAGGGCCCGGCCUGGAGCGGUGGAUGACAGACGAUGUCUUCAACACCCCGGAGGGCAGCGCCGAGUGCCGUGGCCACAUCGUGCCCAGCGAGGUCCUGCAGGUCCCCAAGGACCUUCUGGUGGCGGCCGUCGUGAACCACAAGCGCCACGGCCUCUUCACGCCAGGCUCUCUGAAUGCGGACAGCCUCAGGGAAGAGCAGCUCGGCCCGUCCCUACUGGUGUCCAGCAGCUGGAGAACGAUCUGCUUCAACGUGGUGCCCAUGGUGCAGAGGAAGCUCAGGGUGCCCGCUCUGGAGGGGGCCCGGCUGGUGCCCAGCUUCCCCGAGGGCGGCCUGGAAAGGAUCAUCCGCCAAGAGGUGGCCCUGGUUCCGCUUCACAGCUCUCGGAGCUUCGGGGAGGGGGGAGAUGUGCCCUCUGUGCCCCGGGACGGGGGGGUGUCUGUCAGGCAGCGAGGAAGGACUCGGAAGUAUAGAGGGCUGCCCUGGACGGGACCCUUCACCACCCAGCCCAGUGCCUUCAAUUCAGGUGGGAAAGUGGCAGAGGGCGAGUGCCGCUGGUGUGCAGUGCCCGAGCUCCGAGCCCUGCUGGAGGGCCAGAUUCCGAGUGUGCAGCUGCUGGGGGCGGGGCAGCUGGGCUUCUCAAACGGGGCCUGCAGUGGAGACGUCACCCUGCCAGGCCGGGUGGCUCCGCCCAGGCCCCUGCCCGCGGACCAGGAGCUACUGCUUCACCCCGGGGUCUCCACUGACCACCUGCUCACCAGGCUGCUGGCUGUGCUGGGCUCCCUCCAGGGCCAUCACCUGGACGGCCUCUCCGUCCUGGACCGGGUCAACCACGAGAGCUGGCGAGAAGGCGGCGAGGGCCCGGGCCUGACCCUCGGCCACCUGAAGAUUGUGAUGCUACGGGGCAUGCUCUUCCCGGCGCCCGAGGGCUGGGCGGAGCUGCAGGGCGCCGUGUACCGCCAGCUCGUGGUGCUGCUCUGCUGUCUGGCCACCAGGAACCUGCCCCACUUCCUCUACCCCGCGCGGAACCUGCUGCAGGACUCCGGCCUGGACCUCAGUGCCCCCUCCCAGCGCGUGGAGCGCUUCGCCGGCCAGCCUGAGGCCUCCCUGCGCAUCCGUGUCACCCACCUGGGCCAGCCCCCGCCGCGAAUUGGCAGCGGGGUCAAGGCGCUCCUGCAGCUGCCCGCCAGUGACCCCGCCUACUGGGUCACUGCCUACUUCGACGUCCUGCUGGACAAGUUCCAGGUCUUCAACAUCCAGGAUGAGGACCAGAUCUCGGCCAUGCAGACCAUCUUCCUGAAGACCAAGACCCAGGGUGCCGAGAAUUGCUGAGCUGAGUGCCUGUCUCAGCACCCUCCGUCUGGCUACACUGCCCCAUGGAGGCUCCUGGAACAUUUGGAGAUGGGAAUGGGCUUCACCUAGAGUGGGUGGGGGGAGG